AUGGACCACCCUCAACACCAGACCAUGGGCCCGGACAUGGACAAGCUCGACAAGCUUGACCAGCUUGAACGCUCCGAGCCGUUGCCGGCUCUUGUGCGUGCCCCGCUUGCCGAGCUGGAAAGCCACGAGCGCCACAAGUACAACUCUGCCACCAAGCUCUCGGCCAUCUUCACCGUCGUCUUCUCUGGCAUUGCCCUGAUCAGUGACGGCUACAAUGCAGCCGUCAUUGGAAACAUCAACCUGUUGCUCAAGGAGCGUGAGUUGGAGACAUUCCAUCUGAACGCAUUGUCUGACCCCAAAGUCUACCCGGACACGUACACGUCCAUUCUCAAGACACGCAUCUCAAACUCGUUUUUCAUUGGUGAAAUCGUCGGCAUGUUGCUGUUUGGAGCUCUCAUUGACCGCGUGGGCCGCAAAUUCGGCGUGGUCGCCACCACCUGUAUGCUCAUCCUCGGCAUCAUCCUCAGCGCGGCAGCACACGGCACGACCGAUUUCGGCAUGUUCUGGAUGCUCAUCGUUGGCCGUGGGCUCGCGGGUGUUGGCGCCGGCGGCGAAUAUCCUGUCUGUGGCACGAGUUCGAUCGAGGCUGCCGACGAGACUCAGCAUGUGCGCAAGCACCGCGGCUUCCUCAUCGCGACCGUCGGCGACUUUGCCAUCGACUUUGGGUUCGUCCUCGCUGGUAUCGUCAUCUUGAUCGUCCUCAAGUGCUACGGCGUCACGGUCCACUCGACGGGGACACAUGGGUUUGCGGGCACGUGGCGUAUCUGCCUCGCGCUGGGUCUCGUCCCCCCGCUUGCCGUGUUCUACUUUCGCCUGCGCAUGCUCAACUCGACUGCCUACCGCAACAAUGCCAUGAAGGGCGCCGCACUCAACGUCAAGGUGUUCUACCUCGCUGGCAAGCGCUAUUGGCGCCGGAUGAUUGGCACUUGCCUGUGUUGGUUCCUGUACGACUUUUGCUCGUACCCCUUUGGCAUCUUCUCGAGCACCAUCGUGUCGCAGCUCAACCCCGAGAACACCAUCAUCCAGAACAUUGGCUGGGGGACGCUCAUCAACGACUUCCUGCUCCCCGGCUGCCUUAUUGGCGGUGUGCUCAUGGACAAGAUUGGCCGCAAGAAGACACAGGCGCUCGGCUUCUUUGUGCAAGGCAUCAUCGGCAUGAUCCUCGGCGGCGUCCUCUCCAAGAUCCAGUACCACCCGGGCGGCUUCAUCGUCAUGUACGGCAUCUUCCUCGCUGCCGCCGAGGCCGGGCCGGGCGUGGCCACCAUCCUCAUCUCGGGCGAGGUGUACCCCACCGCGCUCCGCGGCCACAUGUUGGGCUUCUCAGCUGCGUGGGGCAAGGCCGGUGCGGCUAUUGGCACCCAGGUGUUCACGCCCAUCCAGAACGCGUUCAGCGACGAGUUCAAGGGCCAGCAGGCCGUCUUCCUCAUCGGCUCGGCCGUGUCGAUCCUCGGCGCCAUGCUCACGUACGCCUGUAUCCCCGACAUGUCCGAGACCUUGGAGGACGAGGACGAGGCGUGGAGGCUGUACCUCGAGGAGAAUGGGAUCGACACCAGGAGCAUGGGCGAGCCGAUCGAGGCAAGCGCAAGCGGCACCGUGGUCAAGGUGAUCGAGGACAGGGAGUAA